UUGACGUUUUAGUGCCAUCAACUUCCUGCUCCUGGCAAUUUCUUUGCGUGACAUAGGUGCUUACGCAGUUGCGUAUACCAUUCUUAUGUUCGCCGACAGCUUUGCUUGCCUUGGAAACUUCUCUCUCUCUCUCUCUCUCUCUCUCUCUCUCUCUCUCCCUCUCUCUCAUAUCCCAAUGGGAAGAGGAAUUCCAUUUCCAUUCCCUGCAGGCCUCGCGCUCCUCUUUGCUCUACUCCUACUCCAUCAAAUUUGCAGCGCCAAGGAUAGUACUCGUCACUGCGCUCCUUCCUCCUGCGGCGAUAUUCGCAACAUAAGUUAUCCAUUUCGAUUGAAAGACGAUCCACCAAACUGCGGUGACUUUAGGUACAAUCUCUCAUGUGAGAACAAUCGUACGGUGUUGAAUUUUUUCGCCGGAUCAGAAUACUAUGUGAAGGAAAUCGAUUACGAAAACUUCACCAUCAGAGUCGUAGACGGUGGAGUUGGAGAUCAUCAGGAUAAUCACUCCUCCAAUAUCCCUCGUUAUUUUCUAACCCGUGAUAAUUUCAGUGAUGGGGGUCCCUAUGACACACUUUUUCCAGUUAGCCCAGGUUCAUCUUCCUUUCUAUCAGAUAGCGUGGUUUUCAUGCACUGUGAAAAGCCAGUGAAAUCACCGGGAUAUUUGAACAUUACUGCUUGUUUUGAAACUGAUGGGGUAUAUUCUUCCAACAAUUCGUCGUCCAAAUCCAAGAAGUAUAGAUAUGUUUUUUUCGAUAGCCCGUUGUAUGGGGAUGUGAAGGAAUCAUGCCAAGUAGAGCAAAUGUCUCUAUCACCACGGCCAGGUCGAUACGAUCGGUACACAAGAAAUAUCUCCUGUACGGAUUUGGAAGAACUAUUGGCAUUUGGGUUUAUAUUUUCAUGGUACCGAGUUUAUUGCGGCAGCUGUCGAAGCUGGCGUGACACAUGCUACGUCGAUGAGGAGAAAAAUUUUCACUGUCGUCCUCGAAAUGGAUUUAUUGAUUUCCUAUAUAAAAUGUACUACAAAGCAACGGACAAACUAGAAGAUACGAUCCUUCGAUCUAUAUUAACUGAUCGUACAAUUCAACGCCUCUUAUAUUACAAAGAUCCUCCAACCGAACUUCUGAUGUUGAUGAUCAUCAACUAUGGACAAUUCCUAGCUGCAAAAUGUAUACUUGGAACUCCAUUUGUGAUUGCCUUCUUGAUAUAUAAAUGGCGAAGGAGACAUUUAUCAAUGUAUGAUGGUGUCGAAGAAUUUUUGACAAGCCACAACAACCUUAUGCCAAUAAGGUACUCUUACACAGAAAUUAGAAAAAUGACCAAAAGUUUCAAGGAUAAACUUGGAGAAGGUGGCUAUGGCACUGUCUUUAAAGGAACACUUCGAAGUGGCCGACUCGUAGCUAUAAAGAUGUUAGGUAAAUCCAAUGCUAAUGGGCAAGAUUUCAUCAGUGAAGUUGCAACUAUUGGAAGGAUUCACCAUGUUAAUAUAGUGCAACUUAUUGGUUUUUGCGUUGAAGGAUCAAAGCGCGCUCUUGUAUAUGAGUUCAUGUCUAAUGGGUCUCUAAAUAAGCACAUUUUCUUACAAGAAGGAAGUAUCCUUUUAAGCUAUGAGAAGAUAUUUGACAUUGCUCUCGGAGUUGCUCGUGGGAUUGAAUAUUUACAUCAGGGUUGUGACAUGCAAAUUUUGCAUUUUGAUAUCAAGCCCCAUAAUAUUCUUCUCGAUGAAAGUUUUAGUCCAAAGGUUUCUGAUUUUGGGUUGGCAAAAUUGUAUUCACUAGAUGAAAAUAAUCUUUCUUUAACUGCUGCAAGAGGGACGUUAGGAUACAUGGCUCCUGAGUUGUUCUAUAAAAGCAUUGGGAAUAUCUCAUACAAAGCUGACGUUUAUAGUUUUGGAAUGCUACUAAUGGAAAUGGGUGGUAGAAGAAGGAAUUGGAAUUCCUUAACAGACAAUUCCAGCCACGUUUACUUCCCAACAUGGGUUUUUGACCAAUUGCACAAUGGAGAGCCCAUAGAAUUGGAAGAUACCACAGAGAAAGAAAAGGAAUUAGCUAAAAAGAUGCUCAUGGUCGCAUUAUGGUGCAUACAAAUGAAGCCCAAUGAUCGUCCUUCAAUGAGUAGAGUUAUAGAAAUGCUUGAAGGGGAAGUUGACUGCUUGCAAUUGCCUCCGAGACCUUUUUUAACAUCAAUGGAGAGAUCAACAGACGAUAUCUUGGAUAUUUCAACUCAAAGUUUAUCUUCAAUUAAAUGGGGUGAAUCAAGCCAAUCUACAUGUAAUCAUUUUAUAGAGAUUAAAUGAUAUGUUUCUCUAAAUUCACAAACUCGAAAACCAGCAUCCCUACCCAAAGAGUACACCAAGUCUUCUCAAUAUUUGAUAGCACAAAGAUGUUUUGUACUUAUAUGUAACAAGUGUUCUUUUAGAUAGUGAUAGCUGCUCUCAUUCACAUGCUCUUUUC